UGGAAAUACCACUCGCCUUGUCUUUAAGCUGGGAAAGAAGCACAUUUCAUUUCUUGAUACUGCACUGAAUUCUACAAUUUAGCCAUGGCUGGAGGUGGACUUCAGUUUAUCAAAUACUUGCUCUUUGUCUUCAAUUUUAUCUUCUGGCUUGCAGGAACAGGAGUUUUGGCUGUUGGUCUCUGGCUGCGUUUCGAUGAAAGAACUAAAGGACUUUUCAAUGUAGAAGGUUCUCCGUCUGUAUUCUUCACAGGGGUAUACAUCCUCAUUGUGGCAGGUGCCAUCAUGAUGGUGGUCGGGUUCCUCGGCUGCUGUGGAGCAUUAAGAGAGUCAGCAUGCAUGCUGGGACUGUUCUUUGUGUUCCUGUUGAUCAUUUUUGCUGCAGAGGUGGCUGCUGGAAUCUGGGGAUUGUCCAAUCAGGACAAGAUUGUUUCAGAUGUCCAACAGUUUUACACGCAGACAUUCAACAACUACAAAGACACUAAGCAGGAAGCACUGAGAGAAACUCUGAAAUUGAUUCAGUAUGGACUGAAGUGCUGUGGACCAACAGGAACGGCCUUUGAUGGAGCUACUGAAACCUGUCCGAAAAAGGAAGGAUUUGAAUUGCUUGUCACUACGAGCUGCCCAUAUGCCAUUAAGGAAGUGUUCACCUCAAGGCUUCACAUCAUUGGAGGAGUCGGGAUUGGUAUUGGGGUGAUCGUGAUCUUCGGUAUGAUCUUCAGCAUGCUGCUGUGCUGUGGUAUUCAACGAACUCGGGACGUUGUAUGAGCUGUCAUUACCACAACAGCCGGUUUUCUGCCAUGUAUUUAUCUGUUUGUGAAUGUAUAUUUGAGUCACACCCAUUUUAUCUUCUAACAAAGCCCAGCAUUAAACAACCAUCCUAAACCAGUUACAGGCUGGGCAUAUACUGGGCAAAAGUAUGAAUUGCUCUUAAAUACCUACAUGUAAAUGGCCUUGUCAGGUCCAUUUUAAUUUCUUUGGUGUUUCAGUUAACAUUCAUAUUUGCCUGUUUGAAUUUACAUGGAAGCUUCAGACAUUUUUCUCUUUAUUUUUUUAUACAUUAUAACAUUUUAUAAUGAAAAAGCUUAUUUUAUGAAUGUGUUUAUAAUUUUCUCUAUGUACCAACAUCAGUGUAUGGACAGGGAGGAACACUUUGAAAUGACAAAUAAAGUAGUUGAUAACCAGUUUCUGACUGAAUGUUGAUGAAAAAUGCACCACAAUGCUCCAUGCUGUUUUUCAUUCUAUUUUUUUAUUUUAAUUUUUUUGCCAUAAAACCUUUGAAUGAUAGUUUUAUUUCAUUGUAGCAAAGGGACCAUUGCAAUGAUGCUAUCAAAAAAUAAGC